AUGGAAAGUGACACAUGCUUCCGGUGCCACCAGCAAGGGCACUGGGCUUGGUAUUGCCCACUCAACUCCUCAAACACUAGACCCCUCUCACCCUUACCCAGUAACGGUUCUCAUUCCCCCAAGAUAUGUGAGAAGCAGAGGAAAAUGUCUGAAACAGACACGUUCCACCCACACUCAUCGUCAUCACAGUACAAAGGAAUGGAAAGUGACACAUGCUUCCGCUGCCACCAGAAAGGGCACUGGGCUAGUUAUUGCCCACUCAACUCAUCCAAUACCAGACCCCUCUCACCCUUACCCAGCAACGAUUCUCAUUCCCCCAAGAUAUGGUGCCGUUGCGGCCAUGGCUUCUGCGAAGUGAAAACCGCACAAAACGACAGAAAUAGGGGCAGGAAGUACUAUGCCUGCCCCAUCAAAGGGGGGAAAACAUGUAAAGACUUUGUUAAAUGGUGCGAUGAUCCUAUCAAUGAGAGCGAUUUGCAGCCUCCCAAGUUUAAGUAUCCUGUGUGUGAAUGCAAAGCUGGAGUUUGUCGAAGGGUGGUGAAGGCAACAGAGAGCACUGAUGCGGUUAAAUACUAUUUUACUUGCCCCAUUAGAGAGAACCAUGGAUCUUGUGGUUACCUUGUGUGGGAGGAUGAGCUGCUGGAUAAUGAAAGCAUUGUUCCGAUCCAACAAAGCAGUCAAAGAACUCUGAAUGAGUUUCGGGAAUGCUACCAAAACGAUAAAACUGUUAAUCACUUGGGUAAGGGAGGUGAUUUGCUAGUAGAGCAUUCGAAAAGGAUGAGAAUCAUGGACAAUUCUGAGAAUCUCUCAUUGAUGGCUGAUUCUGAGCUUUCAGCAAGAGAAGAUGCAGCACUAAAGGAACCCCUUUCUAAACGUGUUGGUUUUCCAACAUUUGAGGUUACUGCUGAUUUUCAGGAUCUAGAUGUUGCUAACUCACUGUCAUGGGAUGCUAUUGUGGAUGAAACAUUGCUAUUAUCUCGUUUAUCAACACCUUCAAGGAUCAGUUGUCGACAGAAUAUGUUUCAGAGGCACAUUUUUGCUGGUCCUUAUCCCAUUGGUUGGUUAGGUCGCCUUAUCUUCUUCCAUCCAACACACAGCUUGAAAUUCCCUACACCACAGCCGUUUUUAUGUUGUGUUUUCCCAUCCUUUAAUCCUAUAACUGUUCCUAAACAGGAAAGUAUUCCUGAUGGUCCUUGUGAGCGCAACCAGGUUGCUAUUAGCAGCCUCAUUCAACAUCCCCAACUUUCAACUGGUUGCCAUACUGAGGUUUCUAGAGAUGCAGUUAGUACCAAUAAAUCACUAGGCAGUGAAAGAAAGCCAAUAUCAAUGGCACAAAGGCUGAGACAAAUGGUCUUAUUUGCACAGAAGCAGCUUCUCAUUGAGCUAGAGACAUUGGUCCCUCAUGAGCUUGAAUCCAUGAGAAAGGCAGCAGAGGACACUUUUGCUAUAUUAGAUAAUUUAAAAGUUGAUUAUAAACAAUUUUCUGAAUAUAUCUGGGACUUUAUCAAUCUUGCAUCAUCGGUUGCAGAAAUGGACAAGUCCAUGGAAAAUUCCCUUACUCUUGAGGAGCACAAUAAAUGCUUUGAAGAGGAGAAAGUGAGAUAUGCUUGCAUUCAUGAUGACUGUGUCAAGACUGAGACUUUGUUCCAAGUAUCUGAUGAGCAUAUACAAUCACUUUGUGAAGAGGUCUCUCACCUUGAGGCCAUGCUCCAUGUGAAACAAAGCCAAUUGAAGUCUUGUAGAUUGGAGAACUUGAAGAUAAUGACAAAUCUUGAUAAUUUAAAAAGAAAUAUGUUGGAGGCUGAAACAGCCUUAAAGGUUAGAGCUGAGCAAGUAAAGAUUACAAGGAAAUUUAGGGAAGAGAGACAAGCAAAGCAAAUUGCAGCCAAGUCAGCAUUGGAGAAGGCCAAACUUGAAUUAGAAUAUUAG